GCAGAAGAAGUAGUAGAAGAAGCUGUUCUUUCGGUAUCACUGUAAGGAAGAAGACGAAGAAGAAGUACAAUUUUCUUCCUUGCAGUAGCCAGCCAUACUUGCAGCUUCAACCGACUUAGGCUCGCAAGAGCAUAUCCGUUAGACCUUCAAGAUGGGUGAAAAUCCGCAUGCCAGCGCAAUGACUUCUUCGGCACAUGGAACUGGUUUGCCUGGAGCCCUUGAAUACAGUGCGGACGCGACCAAAACCGACCAUGGCAGCUUCACCGCAGGUAGAGCCGACAGCCUCAUGUAUUGCCGUUACAUGGCCGUUCUUCUCAUGUUGCCUUGCAGCAACAACGACCGCAAUGCCAAGGUUCUGGUCAUUGUUAUCGUGAUCGUUCUACUUCAGGCACUGGCGUUCACUUUUGUCUUCUUUCGUGGAACCCUCGGUGGGAGAGGAAGCGACGACGACGGCGACGACGAUGGUCAAGAAAGUACUACGGACAGCUACGACUUUUGGGAUGACAGUGGAAGCAAGACCAACGAAGAAGAGGACACUACAGCGACCACGACGCGCGCAUCUGAAGCAGACGUGUCCACUGAACCAGAAUGGCUUCGUGACAACAGUCCUAUCGUAAUGUGCGCCAUGGGGAGCAAGAAGCUUAUCCUGGCCCUGCUCAUUCCUGAUGGCCUGUGCAAUAUCGUUGUCUACAGUGGUGGAUUGCAGAGUGACAACACCUUUUACAACACACACUCACAAAGAGGCUACUUCAACUUAUUCCGACGCGUCACCGGAGCUUUCAAAAGAACCCUGCUGGGACUUGACGUUGUGUGGAGUGACCAUUCGUCGACGACAAAUAAGCUCUCCACUACUGACGGACGCGCCGCAAUGCUUCAAUAUUUCAAAGAAGGGUUCAGGAACUUCGGAACCCUGGACACGGAAAUCGAAAGCAACACCGGAGACAGCUACCUGACCGACAUCAUCAGCUUGCUUCAGGGACUGCGCUCUGUCCAAAUGGAAGCGCCGAACAGAACGAAUAUGCCGUGUUUCCUGUUUUACGGCGUAGCUUUGCUCUAUCAAGGAGCCAAGGACUUCGACGCAAAAAUGGUGGCAGCAUUUAAUAAAGUCUUAACGAACACUCAGCCGGACAUCGUGCUGUUCCGUACUACUUAUUUGACAAAUAAUCAUUAUUCGCACAAGUGCAGAGUCACAGGCACGUCGGUGUGGGACGAAGCAGUGGUGGGAGACCAGCCAACAUUCGUGGGUGCAUUAAAAUUCAGAGAGAACAUCACCCUACCCAGCAGAACGAGAGAGAUGCUCUCAUUUACUGUGUGCGGAAGAUUAAGCCAUCACAGAAACCAGACUCUUAGUGGCAUGGGCGCCCAGUGCAAAAUGGGUAUCAACAUCGACUCGUAUCCCCGGGUUUGCCCCGGUGCCCACUACACAAAAGACUACGGUGAAGAGUUCCUCGACACAGGACGAUUGGUGGCGUACAGAAAGAGUAACGACGGUCACACAUGGCACGUGUACGAUAAUCGCCAGACAAUAAUGGCAAAGGCGUGCAUGUCCAAAAUGAACUUUGGCUUCCGUGGAGGCUGGGUCGUGUUCAACGUAGAGUGCAGCGACCUUGGAAAACUUUGUGGCCAUCCCCUUUCUAAGGACGUCUUCGCCUUCGUUCACACGGUGAAACAUGCCAUGCGCACGAGCUUCAACUCGUGCUCUGUUGCUGCCAACUGACUGCAACUGUUCCUCCGAUACUUGUGGAAAUUUACGAAUGAACUGUUUGGCGUCUCGUCGAUAAAUGUGAAGAAUCUAAUUGAUCUAUAGGAGUGUGAGAGUAUGGAUUCUGUUGGACGAAAUGCUCUUACGUGCUCCACCUGUCUACAAUAAUACAUGCGUAAUGCAACGAAAAUUACGUUCAAGACAUGAUACAACACAUUCGUUCAGCUUUGAGCUUGACGUGCAACGUCAACGUGCAGAGGUCAUGGCCAAAUGGCCGCAUCACUCCCUA